GCGUUGAGAAGUGCUUCGAGAUUCCAGAAGAGAGCGAUUGCGAGUGCGAGCUCGAUACCCAGAUUACAGAUACGAAGACAGACAUCGCCCCAGGCACGAGAAGGAUUCGCAACCAUGGCUUCUGCGACUACAUUCUACGACUUCAAGCCCAAGGACAAGAAGGGCGACCAGUACUCGCUCGCGGACCUCAAAGGCAAGGUCGUCCUCGUGGUCAACACUGCCUCCAAGUGCGGCUUCACGCCCCAGUUCGCCGGCCUCGAGAAGCUCUAUCAAGACCUGAAGACCAAGUACCCGAACGACUUCUACAUCCUGGGCUUCCCGUGCAACCAGUUUGGGAAUCAGGACCCCGGGACCAACGAUGAGAUCCAGAACUUCUGCCAGGUGAACUAUGGCGUUACGUUUCCCGUGCUGGGGAAGGUCGAUGUCAACGGCGAUAACGCGGACCCGCUAUUCGAGUGGAUGAAGACCGAGAAGCCGGGGCUCAUGGGCCUCAAGCGCGUCAAGUGGAACUUCGAGAAGUUCCUUAUCGGACGCGAUGGCAAGGUCAAGGCACGUUGGGCGAGCACGUCGAAGCCGGAGGGCUUGAAGGCCGAUAUUGAGAAGGAGUUGGCUGCGAAAUAGACGCCCCCACAUGGAAUGGGUGACGGUGGGAUGAGAAUGAUACCACGGCAGGUCUACGGAUAGGCAAUAGACGAUAACAUCGGACUCUAGCUCUCUCUGUCAAACUCAGUGAUGCAUGCAUGGCUCCUCAGCAUCGAAAAGGUACAUCGUCGACAAGUACCAGCUACAUGCGCCUCUAGAAACUCUGGUCACACUGGUGGAUAAUUGAU